CCCAUAAAAUAGGUAUUCAUUGUAUACAUGUACAUGUAUGUUUGUUCAUUGUCUGAUUUCAAGAAGAUUGCAGUGUGCUUUGCCUCUUCCUUGGUCUUGUUUUUCUAAGGUAUAUUUGCUCAUAAAGGCAGCGAGUUGGCAUGCAACAGUUCAUAUACCGCGACAGUGAAAGAGAUUGUUUAUGUUCUUCUGGGCCAUUAGGCCGCGUUGGUUAAAAUGUAAAUACUAUAUUGCCAAAUUGUAUGCCAAUGAGUUUGGAAACAGUUGGCGUCAGGCAGAGUGGUGGUUUUCUCAGAUCUGGUGCAGGUUAAUUGCCAUGCAUGGGCAAGGAAGACAUGUUAUUGCAUUUUGAUCAAUCAACAUUAAAAAGGGAUCUGUGUUAACCAAUCAGAGGCGGACACAAGACAUCUGCGUGUAAAAAUAUUUCUGGAUGACGCAUCCUCUUGCCACCAAGCCACACCUACAUGUAAAUGAUAUUUUAGCAGCUUCUUGUUAAUUAGUACAGGAGAUAGGCAGGAAACUGAUAAGUCCCAAAUUUGACACCUCUUUUGAUAUCGCGCCCAUUCCACAAUGAAUUCUACUUCAGAUUUUAUUGAUUGGGGAGACUACGAUUUUUCAACGAGGAUUCCGAUUUUCAAGUGUAGCAUUCUUUGCGUAACAACGAUUCUCCUUUUGACACUGAACCCACUUUGUCUUCUCGUACUGAGACGUGUUGACAGCAUCCAGGACACCACCAAAGUCUUUCUGAGAGCUCUGACAGCUGCCGAUCUUGGAGUUGGGAUUUUCUUCGCCCUGCCAAUGACAUUUGCUGCAUUUUACCAGGACUGGCCUUUUGGUGAUGCUUUGUGUGGAUUGCAAGCCUUUCUCUUACCCAUCAGCUUCAAUUUCUCUCCUCUGUCUCUGCUCAUGUUGACAGUAGAUCGUUACAUUUCAGUGGUUCAUGCACUCCGCUACCCUUCACUUGUAACUGUGAAACGGGCACGAAUUGCUGUCAUGUCUGUUUUUGCAGCUCUUUUGUUGAUAUCCAUUGGAUUCGGCUUUGUAGGUGAAUGGUACUUUAGUUACUCUUCAACAUUGCUUUCUUGUGCUUCUUUAAGGCGAACUUUUUUUUACUUGGAGUUCAUGCAAGUGAUAUAUUAUUGCACAAUAUUUUCUGCUCUGCUCACAAUUCUGAUAACGUACAUCAGACUCUUCCUGAUUGCCCGACAUCACCAACAGCGCAUCCAUGCUGACAAUCCAGCUGCCCUUGAAGGUAAUCCACCUCAUCAGAGACCCAACAAUAAGAUGCUGUACACAUUGCUCAUCGUUGCACUGAGCGCAUUCGUCUCUGUCCUCUUGCCGGUUUUGUGGUUCAUUCUAGGUCACUUAGACCACACUGGGACGUUUUUCAUGCUUGUGCUGCCCAUUCUUACAAACAGUUGGCUGAACGUAGUCAUCUAUUUCUUCAGGAACAAGGACAUCCGCCAAGCAACCAGAAAUCUGCUGAGGACUUACUUCACAUCUUUGCAGCAGCAUUUUCCAUGCAGCUCAUAAAUUGAACGAAGAUAUCAGAUGAGCACAAUUCGGUAUAUUUCAAUCAAUUUAGCAUUCCUAUGGUUGACUUUGCAAACCAUUCAUCCCUCAUCUUGCUUUGCAUCACCUAUGGACUCAACAAUUAACAUUUGAACUAAGAGAGCUAGGUGACAGAUACCUGAGCUUCAUUGCUGCAGUAUAUUCGCAUUAGCAGGGGCAUUCCUGACACUGUGGGUUGUGUGCAUUCAAACAAACAUUUGUCAUCCAAACUCCGAGUGGAAAUUGUCCCAAACAUUGGAGCUGUCAUGAGUUGGUCUCAUAGUGCCAUGUACUGGUAUACUGUUCCCACACAGAGGCCAAAGUUCACGGAUGAAGACUUUGGACUGAUUUGACGGCAUCCGCUUAGUGCACUUUGCAAGCGUUUCUUGUUUAAUCCAUGAUCUCUCUGUUGAGAAGGAAGAACAAGAUAAAAAAAAAAUCCUUUUCAAAACAAAUUCUUGUUAAUGUUCUGAAAGAUUUAUUUCGAACAUAUGUUUGGACAACUAGUUGUAACUGUUUUUAAUAUUUUUUUUUUUUAAUAUAAAAUGUGUGCUUGGCCAGUUUUAAACAAGUACUGGUACGUUUAAUUCGGUCAGGGACCUGCACAUCCCGUUCAUAAAUACUGUAUCGAUCAAAAGGUUCAACAUUUUUUUAUUUCAGGUUUUGUGUAACACCCCCUUGUUUGUUUUUCUGAGACACAAUGUCUGUAAAAGAUAGAAUAUUGUCUAACCGAAGUCAAUAAAGGUUGUUUAUGUUCUUAUUAGCCAUUUCAGUCAAGUUGAGACAAAAUUAAAGGUCA